UUAUAUGGGGCCAGCUCUCUUCUCUUCCCUUUCUAGAGUCCCCAAGCUCAUCAUCUUCCUGAAAGGCCAAAACAACAGGUACACUACCCCACCAUGAAUUGAGAGGACCCCUCAAGCCAUUCCCUCUCUUUCUUGUAGGUAGUUGUGCUUGGAAGUCCCAAAGAGCUAUGGUGACGAUGGGGGAGAAGAAGAUGGGGAGGUUCGUCGGGCUCACUGCAGUAGUGGUCUUUGUGGUGUUCUGCAACUUUGCCGCAUUUCAGUUUCCCGUCUGCCUUGCUGGGAGAAGCGGCGGAUUUACCGGCGGCGUCGGACGCCGUGGCAGCUCGUCUACCUCCCUCGUAUUGCCUAUCAGAGGCAGCGUCUAUCCUGAAGGGUUGUUUUACGUGACACUGUGGGUUGGGUCGCCCCCUAGGCCAUAUUACCUUGACGUGGACACAGGCAGCGACUUCACGUGGAUCCAAUGCGACGCCCCUUGCGUCAGCUGUUCUCAGGGACCACAUCAUCCAUACAAGCCAAAGAAGAUGAACCUUGUUAGUUGCAAUGAUCCCCAAUGUGUUGCAUUGGGCUCGCUGAGAAGGUUCAAAUGUGAAAGUCCCAGCCAGCAAUGUCAUUACCAGAUCCAAUACAUCGAUCUCAGUUCAUCAUCGGGUGUUCUUGUCAGGGAUGCGCUCUACCUUCAUGCAGCCAAUGGAUCAAUGCUUCAAACCUCUCUUGCUUUCGGCUGCGGCUAUGAUCAACAGAGCCCUCAGCCAACCCCUGUAUCCGCAACAGACGGACUCAUGGGCCUUGGCAAUGGGAAAUCCAGCAUCAGCUCUCAAUUGAAGGAACAAGGACUAGUCAGGAACGUAAUUGGCCAUUGCAUCAGUGGACAAGGUGGUGUAGGGUACCUCUUCUUCGGCGAUGAACUUGUACCUUCAACUGGUGUUACAUGGAUACCAAUGCACAGGAAUCCUGCACAGAAGUAUUCGCCUGGGCCUGCAAAUUUGAUAUUCGGAAAACAGAAGAUUAAAGAUCUCAUGACCGUAUUUGACAGCGGAAGCUCCUACACCUACUUCACUUCUCGUCCUUAUCAAGCUUUAGUCUCUGCAAUAAGCAAAGAUUUAGCAAACAAGCCAAUCAGAGAAACGUCUCAAGAUAUCACAUUACCCCUGUGUUGGCAAGGACCAAAGGCAUUCACAUCUUUUUCUGAUGUCAAGAACUAUUUUAAGUCAUUCACACUGGACUUCAAGAGCAGCAGGAAGGCACGGCUCGAAAUACCACCAGAAAAUUAUUUGAUCAUUACUUCACAGGGCAAUGUUUGCUUGGGCAUCUUGAACGGCACCGAAGUUGGUCUGAGAGAUUUCAAUCUCAUAGGAGACAUCUUUAUGCAGUCAUAUAUGAUAAUAUAUGACAAUGAAAAGCAUCAGAUUGGUUGGACUCCUGCAACCUGCAAUAGACUUCCCAGCAACAGAGGCUCCACUGAAGGUGCGGCAGUCAACAUGAAUAUCUUAGCAAAUAGAGGCACCCCGUGCUCUGCAACUUACCCGCCGGGAACAGCUGAGUGCAGCUAGUGUAAAGGAGAUUCGCUUAUACAUAUUUGUACACAACAAAAUUUCAUUUACAGGCACCAAUUUGAUGUAUGAAGGCAAGCACUGUUCAGACUGAACGAAAUACAUGAAGAUGACACUUAAUGAUCUCCAUUAUGAAAA